UCUGGAGGGGCCCGCGAGGCUCCGGCUGCAGGGGUCUCAUCCCCGUCUACGAGAACCCGGUACCCGUUCCUCUGGUCUGUUCACACCUGUUCUGGUUGAUUGUUUUAUUGUUUUUGGUCCCUGGUUUCCUGAAUGGGUUCUUGAACAGUGGGCCUGCCCGCGGCGGAAACGGUUCGAUGUCAGACUGGGCGGUGACGUCGGGUUUUUGUUUUGAUUUUACCAGAAAGGAGGCCGGCGGCGCUUCUGCAUUUCCAGGAAUGAUAUUUCUUACUCGCCCUGGUUGUGAAAAUGGCCUUCUGAAGAAGCGGUGGUUUGUUCAGCCCUUUGUGGGGUUGAUACUUUGGGGUUGUGCCAGCCUGUGGAAAUAAGGGGUUCUCUCACUGAGUUUGCGGGGGGGCAGUGACUGCUCAUGACUCGUUUCCUUCCCUAUCCGCUUACCAGCUAGUGUCCCGGGUUUUCACCAAAUCAAGGACCACUUCCCUGUGCCCCCUUUUCACUGAAUUAAUGGCAUUGUAUGCAGCUCGCAGUUUUGCAAUCCGAGAACAAAAUGGGGGGGGGGUCCUUAUAUAAUUAAUUAAAGAACUUUUUUUAAACAAGGUUAUGUCUUAGGGAAACAACAUAGGAAAAUGCUUUUGUUUAAAGAAACGGAAUUAUUCCUUUUCGCAUUCCUUUUUCGCUGUUACUUUAAGGGGUUCCUUUCCGCUCCAGGGAGGUUUGGCUGGUCUGGGGCUGACAGUUCGUGGUUCACCGUGUUGCUGAGCGCGGGCCGCGUGACCCCUCGUGUCUGCGGGAGCGGCGGCUGCUGGGCCUCCCCGCCCGCCCGUCACCAGCAUCCUCGUCCUCCCUGCGCCUGCACCUUCAGGUCGCAGUGUCUCCUGAUCGGCCCUGGUGUUGUUCAGGAGUACAUCAAAGGCGUCUGCGAGCCGGAGCUGGAGGAGCGCGAGCACUACCCCAAGGCCAUGCACUGCAUCUUCGUGGGCGCGCAGGGCCUGUUCCUCAAGAGCCUGAUCCAGGACACCUGCGCCGACCUCUGCGUGCUGGACGUGGGGCUGCUGGGCAUCCGCGGCAGCGCCGAGGCCGUGGUCAUGGCCCGCAGCCAUGUCCAGCAGUUCGUGAAGCUCUUCGAGAGCCGCGAGAGCCUGCCCGGCUGCCAGAAGGAGUCGGAGGUGAAGAGGGAGUUCCGGCAGGUCGUGGAGGCACGCGCCGACAACUACACCAUGGACUUGCUGAUCCUGCCCACGCCCCUGAAGAAGGAGCUGUUGGCGCUCACGCUGGGGGAGGACACCCUGUUUGAGGCGGGAGACGAUGACGUCAUUGAGGUCCGAGAGCCUGAACCGACGGCGGGCGCACCCAGCGCGGCCACGGGGCUGAGGGUGGACACGAAACAAAUGGACUCCGUGUUCUCUAGCGCCCAAGACUCGCUCUUCCCUCCCGUCAACGGCCUGGCCUCCGAGGACGAGCCGGGCCGGGGCAGGGCUUGCCACAAGAGGCGGUCCUCCGACUCCGAGGAGCGGCACACCAAGAAGCAGAUUUUCCUGGCUGUCCUCGCCGACCUGUCCGAGGCGCCCGGCGAGCCGGACGGGUUAAGCCCAGACGGGAAAGACACCACCGAGGAGAUGGAGCACAACAUCCUGGUGAACUUCUUCAAGACCAUGGGCUACUCGCAGGACAUCGUGGAGAAGGUCAUCCGGGAGUACGGGCCGUCCGCCGAGCCCCUGCUGCUGCUGGAGGAAAUCGAGAAGGAGAACAGGCGGAGCCAGGAGGAGCGGGAGUCUGCGCCUGAGACCAGCAAAGCCAAACACAAGGGAGUUUGUAGCAGCACCAACGAGUUCACCGUGGAUUCCACCCCAAAGAAAAUGCAAGCUCACGCACAGCAAAAUACGGUGAAGAAAUUUCCUCUGCUACCGUUCAAAGUGGAAUCAAAACCGUGUACCUCAAACUGCAGAAUGAACGCUUACAAAACAGGGCCGAUGGAGCAGAGGCCGGAGCCCUGGGGGCCGCACCCCAACUACGGCGGGAACAUGGACCUGGAAAUCGAUGGCUUUGCCCCCUCCGUCGCCCCUUCGAGUCCCAGUUUUGUUUCGAGGGGAGUGUCAGGUCACCAGCCCAGGAUUCCGGUUUUCCCCGAGAAUGGGGUGCAGCCGCACGGAGAGGCCCUGCUCCCCAACCAUCUCAAGUCGGCCUGUGAGAGCCGGGCCGGCUGCCUCGGCUCCCCGCAGUCCAGGCCGAACUGCCAGCCCCUCCCGGCCACGCCGCUGCCCCCCCAGCCCCUCCCGGCCACGCCGCUGCCCCCGCUGGGGCUCUCGGCCGGGUUCUCCGAUCACAUCGACUCCUCGGUGACGGGGGUGCAGAGGUUCCGAGACACCCUGAAGGUGCCCUACAAGCUGGAGCUGAAGAACGAGCCGGGGAGGACGGACCUGAAGCACAUCGUCAUCGACGGGAGCAACGUCGCCAUCACCCACGGGCUGAAGAAGUUCUUCUCCUGUCGCGGCAUCGCCAUCGCGGUCGAGUACUUCUGGAAGCUGGGGAACCGCAACAUCACCGUGUUCGUGCCGCAGUGGAGGACCCGGCGCGNCCCCUCCCUCCAAACAGAGCAGCACUUCCUGACGCAGCUGCAGGAGCUGGGCAUCCUGUCCCUGACCCCCGCCCGCAUGGUCUUCGGGGAGCGGAUCGCUUCCCACGACGACAGGUUUCUGCUACACUUAGCGGACAAAACUGGUGGCAUCAUCGUAACGAAUGACAACUUCAGAGAAUUUGUGACCGAGUCGGUGUCCUGGAGAGAAAUUAUCACCAAAAGGCUGCUCCAGUACACCUUCGUGGGGGACAUAUUCAUGGUUCCCGACGACCCUCUGGGAAGGAGUGGACCCCGAUUAGAAGAGUUUCUUCGGAAGGAAGUCUUCCUUAGGUAUUUCCUCUCCAGAUGGCCUGCUGGACGCGCCCAGGUGGUGCCGAGCCAGACCGAGGGGCGGGGUCCAGACCUGCAGCGGUCCUCGGCCGAGACCAGCGAGCUGAGGGAGGCCCUGCUGAAGAUCUUCCCCGACUCGGAGCAGCGGCUGAAGAUCGACCAGAUCCUGGCGGCCCACCCCUACAUGAAGGACCUGAACGCACUGUCGGCCAUGGUGCUGGACUGAGCGCGGCCGGGCGCACACUGUGAAGAGGCGGCCGGGGAGCCGCUGCGCGCGCAGGAGAGAAACGGACCCCGAUUUGUGCAUAAACCCUGGGUUUUCAAGCCAGCUCUUUUCUACAUAAAUGAUGCUGCUAUCAGAGGACCGAUUCCUGUCGGAGGAGAGUCUGCAUUCUCUGCCUGCUCAGACUGUUCCAUACCAGUGACUCGAGUGUAAUGACAUUUUUAUGUUUUUUAAACUAUUUUCCUUAAAGCUGAAAAUAUUGACAAAUGAAUAUGAUUAGCCUUUCUAAAUAAAACAAAACAAAACAAAAAAA